AUGGAGGAAUGUGUAAAGACAAACCCCCAUGUGGAAUUAGCAAAUGUUCUAUGUCUCUGUCCAAUCAAUCAAUAUCUUGGGGACAUCACAGCCGAGUUUGCCACACUCUUUGAUCGUACGUCCAAGAUCCCAAUCAAGUCCCGCCACGUCUUCAUAACCGGCGGAUCAAGCGGCAUCGGUCUCGCCGCCGCCGGGGGAGCUCGAGUCUCCAUCCUCGCACGCUCCCUCUCUAAGCUAGCCGAUGCUAAACGAUCCAUCGAGCUAUCAGCCGGCGUCGAGGUCUCCACGUUCUCUGCCGACGUUCGUGAUUACGACGCCGUUUCCAAAGCGGUUAACCAAUCAGGGCCGAUCGAUGUGUUGAUCGUCAACCAAGGCGUGUUUAUAGGAAAGGAGCUUGAGAAGCAGAGUACGGAGGAAAUCAAGUUUAUGAUCGAUGUGAAUCUUGUGGGAAGCUUCAAUGUGAUCAAGGCUGCUUUGCCUUCCAUGAAAGGUCGUGGCCCUGCCUCCAUUUCUCUCGUUUCCUCUCAAGCUGGUAAGGCAGGAAUCUAUGGUUACACUGCAUACUCAGCAAGCAAGUUUGGACUUCAGGGAUUAGCGCAAGCGUUGCAGCAAGAAGUUAUAUCUCAUGACAUUCAUGUGUCUCUUCUGUUUCCUCCAGACACUGACACACCUGGGUUUGAAGAAGGAAAGCCAAAGUUAUAA